CUCCUUCUUUUCAAUUUGUGUGUCUUAGUUCGCACAUACAGUCUUCAAUUAUUAUUUUUGAAAUAAAAUUUUCACGUUUAGAAACUAAAUAAAAAGUAUCAUAAGUGAUAAUAGUUAAGAUAAAAUGUUUAAAAAAUAUUUGAAAAAAUUGUACUCCAGCAAAAAAAGAAAAUCUUUAAUUCUUCAAAUAAUAACUAGAUCGCACGUAAAUUUGAGGCAGAGAGAGUAUUGUUCAAAGAUUUCGCACGGUUAUAUAAUAUUAAUUUCUCAACUUCUUAUAAAGGCAUAAUAAGAGUGUACUUUUAUGAAGAGACAAAAGGUUUUGCUUAUUCCACGUAACACAGUGUGCAUUAGUAUCCACAGCAUUUAGUUCUAACAAAAGAAAUAUGAGGUACAUAUUCUACCACAAUUCCUUUUUGUCUCCUCCACUUGUAUACUACUAAACCAUAUACAAUUCCCCCUGCACAACUCCCUUGCCUUCUUUAAACUAUACUACUCAAAUAUAUUAAUCCAUCAAACUAUAAAGUAUAAUGUUCUUCCUUAAUUUCCAAAAAUGUCUUGCACCAACUCUUCUCCUUGCUACUACAAUUUUUAUUUCUCCAAAAAGUUAGUAGCAAUCACUUUGACAUGAAUGGGAAAUGACGGAUAUCUCAUCAAGUUUCCAUCAAGAACAAGAAGGGGUAACAGAAAAACAAGUACCACAAGGAGAAGAGAAAGAAAAAGAAGAUCAAGAAGAAGAGAAAGCAAGAUGUGAAUGGGAUUUUCAUCUUUCUACUGUGAUUUCAUCUUGCAAUAGUAUUAAUGGAUCUGUUUGUGACACACUUGGUGUUUUAGAAUUUGACCCUUGUUGUAAUUUCCUAGCUUCUGGUGGAAUUGCUAGGAAAAUUCGAAUUUACGACGUAAAUUCGUUGUCACAAGAAGAGAGAGAAGGCGACAAGCGCACCACUGGUGAGCCUGUGGCUUUGGAUCAUAGCAAUGCAUGUAACUUUUAUAUUUGUACUCCUGCAAAACUCAGUAGCUUAAAGUGGAAACCCGGUUGGGGUAGUCAGGUUUUAGGGUCGGGUGAUUACGAUGGAGUUGUCAUGGAAUAUGAUUUAGAGAAGAAAAUGCCCGUUUUCGAACGGGAUGAACAUGGUGGUAGGCGGGUUUGGAGCAUUGACUACUGUCAUUUGGAUCCGGUUUUGGGUGCGUCCGGAGCGGAUGAUGGAACCAUGCAAAUGUGGGACCCGCGUUGUGGCGAUAACGGGAAGUGCUUGGCUAUGGUACAACCUUGUAAGCAAUACAGUCCGGUGUGUUGCGUGGAAUUCAAUCCGUUCAGAGGUCAAAUCGUAGCCAUUGGAUGUGCCGACCGGAGGGUCUAUGCUUAUGAUAUACGGAAAAUGAUGGACCCUCUUUUCAUCCUUGACGGACAUCAGAAAGCAGUUACUUACAUUCGAUUUCUUGAUGAACGUACGAUUGUCUCUUCAAGUGUAGACGGGUGUUUAAAAAUGUGGAGUGCGGAGGAUCAACGGGUUAUUCGUACCUACAAGGGGCACAACAAUAGUAAGAGGUUUGUUGGUUUAUCAGUAUGGAGACCUGGUGGAUUAAUUUGUUGUGGCUCAGAAAGUAACCAAGUUUUUGUGUAUGACAAGAGAUGGGGUGAGCCAAUUUGGGUCUACGGACGCGAACCCAUGGGUCUAACCGGGUAUGACCAUGGGUUCGUUAGUAGCGUAUGCUGGCAACAAAAGGAAGAGAAUCGAUGCACACUCGUGGCUGGGGACUCAGAUGGUGUUUUGCGGGUUUUCAAUGGCAAGAGAAGAUGAUUAAUUAUUCAGUGACAGACGCAGAAUUAAAUCGUUUUUAAAUGACAACAGAAGAUGAACGAUAAUAAUUCAGGAUGCAGAUUUGAAUCGUUGUGAAGAUGAAUGAUUAUUGGGUGACGGGCGCAGAAUUAAGUACAUGUUAUAUUCGGAGAAAAGCUUUCCGCAAGUAUUAGGCAUAAUGUGUACUAUUGUUUUUCGUGAGAAGUCAUAGAAACCAAGGCCAACCCAAAAAGGUAAUUAACCCAUUUCCUUUUUUUUUUUCUUUUUAUUUCCACCCUUUUUCAUUCUCAUUUUAAUAGGAAUUAAAGGAAUUAUAGGCCACUUACAUUGUCUGAAAUAGAUAGAGGAUAUGAUUCUAUAGAGAUAUAUGAAGAAAAAGGGAAAAUUAAACUGCAAUGCCAUUUUAUUCUCGUUGUUCUCUCUUCGAGGUGACUGUAUAAUAAAAGCGAAUAUCAUUUACUGACAGAUCUUUGUAGAAAGCAUAAACAUGUAUGCUGAACUUUAUGACGAAUAGAUUCUCCUAUUUCGCAUUAUUAAUGAAA